AUGGCGACGACAACAACCUUCAACGAAAAGGACCCCCGGGCGGGCGACCUCAACGCACCACCCCAGCAGGGGGCUAGGCCGGACCGCGCGCGCCCGUCCUCGCGAUACCUCAAGCUCAAGCGUCUCCCAACGCUGCAAGAGGUGCUUGACCGGCGCACGAGACCGCCCCUCGACCUCUUCUGCUUCUACAUCUUCCUCCAGCGCGAGUCGUCCGAGGACGCCCUCGACUUUUGGCUCGAUGUCCAGCAGCAUGAGAACCUGUGCAAGGCGUACUUCAAGGCAAGUGACAGUGACACUGAUCUGAAACGGUCGGGGCGUACCGUCGACGAGGACUGGCCCGAGUUUGCAAACUAUGCGCGACGGAACGGAUCGUACAUGACCCCCAUGCUCGACUUGAGCGGGAGUGCAGAGCACGUCGCGCCGGCGCGCCGCAGCUCUGAGCUCGUGGCGGAUAGCUUACGGGGGCUGUCGAGCCCCGACCUGCUGUACGACCCCACGAACCCGCACCACAUCGCGUCGCCCACCCUCCUUGGGCCCGGUGGCGCGGGCCACGCGCAGCCCGGCUCGCAGUUAUCCCACCCGGAGCGGGACAAGAACUCGCGUGGGUGGGCUGCACGCAAGUCGCGCGCGCCGACCGUGUUUGCGCGCGACCGGGCGAUCGAGAAGCACGCGCUCGUCGAGAGCGCAGAGCGCAUCUACCUCCGCUACCUGCUCCCCGGUGCCGAGCGCGAAGUGUACCUCCCCACCGCGCUCCGCCUGUCCAACUUCCCCGUCUCGAGCGAGGGCCACACGUCGCCCCUCAUCCCCGACCUGUUCCACGCGCAAAAGCUCUACAUCUUCCGCGCGCUCGAGCAGGACGCCUUCCCACGCUUCCUCCGCGCAAAGGCCUUUGGCAACCUCACGCCCAUGUCGAGCUUUGUCCGUCUCGUCCUUGGCCUGCUCGUGCUCUGGGGCGCGUUUGUGCUCGCAUUCACGUUCAUCUUCCUCGACUGGAAGCCCCGCCGCACGCGCGCGUGGGUCAUCCUGCCAUUCUUCUUCGCCUUCAACCUUUUACUCGCGGCCUACUACUCGCUCUCGCCUCUGUUUGCCGUCUUCUUCCAGUCGGAAACGACACCCUUCCGCCUCAUCACCGUCCGGGAAGCAUACGUUCGCAAGCUUAUCCUCCUGCGAGCGCUGUGGAUCGAAAGUCUUGUCAUUGUCCUCACAGCCAUCUUCACCGUCAUCUUCUGUGUCGUCCCCGGACACCGGUUGUGA